AUGGGUUCAACAAUGAGGCCAACAAUUUUCAACGAAAGAGUAGCGAUGACUCUGAGAAAUUGGCACACAGUCGUCUCCAAUAAGAAAUUAAGAAGGCAAUUAAGUAAAGAAGAUGGUAGGAAGAAGCUUGGAGGAAACGCCUACUUGGGCUGUGGCCGUUGUUUGCUUCGUUUUGCUCUUCAUAUCCAUCUUCAUCGAGCACAUCUUCCAUCUCAUAGGAAAGAACUCAUGUUAUUGGGGUUCAUAUCGCUGCUUCUAACGGUGGGACAAAGUGUAAUAUCCAGGAUAUGUAUAUCAGAAAAGGUUGCUGGGACAUUUCACCCCUGCGCUAACAAAAGAGAGCACAAACCCAAUGGCCGCAGAUUACUAUCGGAGUUUUUCGGUUCCGAUGAUAACGAAAUUCAACGGCGUAUUUUGGCAUCGGGAGGAAGUGACAAGUGUGCAGCACAGGGUAAAGUCCCGUUUGUCUCAUCCGAGGGCAUUCAUCAACUCCAUAUAUUUAUCUUCGUCUUGGCUGUUUUUCACGUCCUUUACUGCAUUCUCACUCUGGCUCUUGGUAGAGCAAAGAUGAGAAGGUGGAAAGGAUGGGAGGAGGAAACAAAGACCGCACAAUAUCAAUUUUCACACGAUCCUGAACGGUUUAGAUUUGCGAGGGAGACAUCGUUUGGAAGACGACACUUGAGUUUCUGGACUCAAUAUACAGUCCUUGUUUGGAUCAUUUGUUUCUUCAGGCAGUUUGUACGCUCAGUUCCUAAAGUUGAUUACUUAACCUUGAGGCAUGGAUUUCUGACGGCACAUUUGGGGCCGCAAAGUCACCAGAAAUUUGACUUUCGGCAAUAUAUCAAAAGAACUUUGGAAGAGGACUUCAAAGUGGUCGUUGAAAUCAGGUUUUGUGCUUAA